GCGGGGCGCGCGGCAGGGGCGGGGCCAGGGGAGGAGGCGGGCGCCGAGCCGGAGCCGGAGGCAGCGCGAGCCCGGCCGGGGAGGAGGCGGCGCCGCCCCGGGCCCCAUGGAGCUGGAGAACAUCGUCGCCAACACCGUCCUGCUCAAGGCGCGCGAAGGCGGCGGAGGGAACAGGAAGGGCAAGAGUAAGAAAUGGCGCCAGAUGCUGCAGUUCCCGCACAUCAGCCUGUGUGAAGAUCUCCGGCAAGCACUCGAGCGGGACUAUCGCAGCCUGUGUGAGAAGCAGCCGAUUGGGCGCCUGCUCUUCCGGCUGUUCUGCGAGACGCGGCCUGAGUUGUCACGCUGUGUCAAGUUCUUGGAUGCUGUGGCAGAGUAUGAAGUGACUCCAGAUGAGAAGCGGAAAGAGUGUGGGCAGCACCUGAUUGACAGCUACCUAAACCCCAAGAAUGUGGAUCAUGUGCCCGAAGUUCCCUCGCCGCUGGUGAGUGCUUGUUCUGAGAGGCUGGAGCAGGAGCCAUCCAAGGAGCUCUUCAAGGAAGCAACCAAGCUCAUCCAUGACUAUCUGAGCGUGGCUCCCUUUGCCGAUUACCUUGACAGCAUCUACUUCAACCGCUUCCUGCAGUGGAAAUGGAUGGAAAGGCAGCCGGUGACUAAAAACACUUUCCGCCAGUAUCGCGUGCUGGGAAAGGGAGGCUUUGGUGAGGUGUGCGCAUGCCAGGUGCGAGCCACUGGGAAGAUGUAUGCCUGCAAGAAGCUGGAGAAGAAGCGGAUCAAAAAGCGGAAGGGGGAGUCCAUGGCCCUGAACGAGAAGCAGAUCCUGGAAAAAGUGAACAGUAGGUUUGUAGUGAGCUUAGCCUAUGCAUACGAGACUAAAGAUGCCCUCUGCCUGAUACUGACCCUCAUGAAUGGAGGGGAUCUCAAGUUUCACAUCUACCACAUGGGUGAGGCUGGCUUUGAGGAGCCUCGGGCGGAAGUGAAGGAGCAUCCUCUCUUCAGACACCUGAACUUCAAGAGGCUGGAAGCCGGCAUGCUGGACCCCCCCUUCAAACCAGAUCCCCAGGCCAUCUACUGCAAGGACGUGCUGGACAUUGAGCAGUUCUCCACGGUGAAGGGAGUGGAGCUGGAGCCCACAGACAAUGACUUCUACCAGAAGUUCGCUACAGGGAGUGUACCCAUCCCGUGGCAGAAUGAGAUGAUUGAGAGCGAGUGUUUCAAGGAGCUGAAUGUCUUUAGCCUGGAUGGCGCAGUGCCCCCUGACCUGGACUGGAAAGGACAGCCUUCUCCACAGCCCAAAAAGGGCUUGCUACAGCGCCUCUUCAGCAGACAGGACUGUUGUGGAAACUGCAGCGACAGUGAGGAAGAGCCCAGCCGGCUGUAGAGCCCAGCCUGUUCUCCGGGCCUGGACCCUCUUGCCUCUCCCAGGCACCCAGCCGUGCAGCACCCAGCCUGAUGGACAAGGUAGCAGCUGCCCUGCCACAUGGGAUUUGUUUACAGUUUUGCACAUUUCUAUAUUGAGACACUCGAUGUACAGCCCCCGAAAGAUGCUCUGGGCUGUGAGCAGCAAGCCCCGCACCAGGGAACACUGCAGCAGGGCCUCGCUGUGCUUGGGGAAAGCACAUGGCUGGGAAGACCUGGAUGCUUCCGAAUCUGCUGCUUGGGAUUGCUCUUCUGCUGCUGCUGCUCCCCUUCUCAGCCCCGCUGCUCCCCUCCACCGGGAAGGGAGCGAGCCCCCAGCGCAUGGUGGGGCUGCCAGGGCGGGAGCUGGCAGAGCAGGUCCAGUGACACAUUCCAGUAGCUGGCCAGUCUCGCAAGCCCCAGGUUUGCUAUAUUUAUAUAGGUCUGUAUGUAUGUAUAUAUCAUGCAUAGGUUUGUAAUUUCUUGGGGGAGGGGGUCCGUCUGCAUUACUCCUCCCCCUCCCAUGGACUCUGGGCACAGUGGGGGAGCCGAUGUGCCUGCUCUGCCCUGGAAGUCUUGGUCAGGGGCCCCUUGGCCACUUCUGGCACCUUAACGUGUCUAAAGCAUCUUCCCUAGGACCCUCUGGGACUGCUCCCCAGGCAGCUUGUCACCCUGGGGCGUGCAGCUGCUGUCUCCUGCAGCACAGGCUAGAGGGGAGGUCCAUUGUGCACACAUUCCCGCAGCCCUUUGGGCACAGGAAAGCACCAUGCCAAAGCAUUUACCACUAAAAAGCCCAGCUGUGGGACCAGUCAAUGCUUCGCCUCACCCCCUUUGCCCUGCUGGGCACCUUUCCUCCUUGCCCACCCUGGCACUCACUGCCUCUGGCCCCUCUGCUGGCAGCCAGGAUCACCCUGGCGGUUUGGGGCUGCGGUUCAGCAUCCGCCGCUCUCUGCAGCGAGGCGGGAUGUGGCCUUUCCCAAAUAGAGCUGCAAGCCAGGCUGGCUUCUGGAGUCUGCAUGUGGUGUGGAGUAACUGACCAGCUGCCCUGGUCUGCUGCUAAGAGCCAUCGCGGACAGCCUGGGGAGUCCCCUGGAGGAGCUGCAGCAGGAGUCCAGCUGGCUGCCGCAGGCCAGCGGUGCCCAGCGUGUCUGUUACCCUCAGAGCUUUGGCUUUGUGCAGCCUCCAUAGGAAUGUGGCAGUGGGGCCGAGCCUGCUGCCUGUGUCCAGCUGUGGGGCUGCAGCUCUGCCCUGCUCGGAGGCACUGAGCUGCUUUCAGUGGAACGGCCCCGCUCCGGCACACCACCUCCAGGCUGGGCCCAGCUGGGCUGCUGAGCCCCAAGGCCCUGUGCACCUCACACUGUCUCCAGGGGAAUCUCUUCCAUUCAGCAGCCGGCAGCAUCUGGAAAUCUUGUGCCUUCAGGGGAAUCAAAGGAGAGGGGCUCAGUCCCAGCUGGAGCCUUGCAUGGCCCUAUGUGGCUGCUUCAGCCCUCGGCCAUGCGCUCGGGUCCAUCCAUUUGCUCGCGUCCUGUACAGUGCACACUUGUUCCUAGCGAUAGCGGGACUCUUCCCCGUGCACUGGGCUGGCUGCUCCCCGCUCAGACCUGUGGUAUCAUUUGCUUGCAUUGCACUGAUGGUGGGAAUAUUUAAAGAAUUUUUAACCUUUUUGUUUAAUGUACGUUCUGUCAUGUCUGUUGCUGCUGUGCAGAGGUGAAUACAGUGAGCACAACACACUG